AUGUCCCACGCGGCGCUGCUCGUCCACACGGGCGCGCUGUCGCUCGAGAGGUUCCGGGCGGUCCUGCAGUGGCUGAGGUACACCAUCCGUCUGGGGCUCUCGUCGACGAAGCGGGCGCAGGAUAUGGUCGCACAGAAGGUGUCGAGCCUUAUCAUGGCCCGCCGGGCCAGCUAUGCCCGCAGCCUGGUCCAUCCGUGUUCGAUAAGUUGUUUCUUGUCUUCGGCUCUGACGCUGUGGAAUGUCCUCACGAAUCGCGAGCGAGUGCACUCCGUCGGGGCUGACGUACUGUUUUUCACCAUGUAUUCGAGCAUCUUGGUGGUGCUGUUUCGGCCUUCAUGGAUCACGCCAUCGUCGGUAGAGCUCUGGGGCGCCUGGGCCAUGCUGAUGGCCACGGUGGGCGCAUCGCCACUGGUCACGUCGAGCGACAAGCUCAUCGUCGUGUCCGCCACCCUGGGCGUCGUCAGGCUCUGCGUCAGCCUGUUCAUGCUGAAGCUGCCCGGCCUCGUGUUCUGGAACGCCGCCUACUGGGGCGCCCUGAGCCUCCACCUGCACCCGUGGAUCCCGUCCGUGGACGUCGGCCACUCGCUGGCGUACCGCCAGCAGUCCCAGAUGAUCAUCAUCGCGGAGCUGUUCCAGUCCUGCUUCGUGGUGCUCCUGGCCUACUCGAUGCACCGCGUCACGAGCGAGUGGGCGCGGCAGCUGGUGGAGGCGCAGGCCUCGCGCAACGGGCUGGAGGCGUCCAGGUCGAUGCUGCUCACCGUGUGCGACGCCGUGGUGGAGCUGGACGCGAACCUGCAGCUGACGGAGCACUCGCCGAGACUCGCCGCGAUGCUGCCUCGCAGUCUCAGCCACAACUCCCUCGUCGGCUCGACGCUGGACAAGUUCAUGUGCUCGGAGGACGACGUACGCCGCUUCAACGCACGCAUGCAGGAUCCCGCGCACGAGAACGACACGAUCGGCGACGUUUUCCACGCGAACAUGCGCAACCGGUUCGGGGGCGCAACGGAGAUGGAGCUCUUCCAUGUCUGCUUCAUGGACGCUCUCACGCAGCUGCCCCAGCAUCUCCUGGGCUUCAGGGAGAACAGCGACUCCGUCUUGUUGGGUCGAUCUCCUGUCCCAGAGCCGGACUGCAUUGCUCAGUCCGACAUUAUUGGUCACGAGGGCUUGCCGGGGAUGGCCGUCGUGUUCGACGCGCUCACGUUCAAGGUCUUGAAGUGCUCCGCGGCUUUCGUUAGGUGCUUCGGGCCGUGCCGGGCCGGCGCGCUGGUCUGCGACUGGCUGCACCAGGGGGGCCCCAUGGUCGAGGUCUUGUGCGACAACAUUAAUCUCUUCGCCAACAGCGCUGAGCCCACCCACUACUUCGAGCUCUGGCCGCUCACGCUGCAGCUGGCUUGCAGCGGCCAGGCAGACUAUCACGUGUCGGUCAUGCUCACGCGGGAGCAGUCCGACGCCGGCGACGACCAGGUCCUGGCGUGCAUGGUGCUGCCCCCCGGCAGCGGCACGGACCACGACCCGAGCGAGCGCGGCCGCAGCCACAGCAGCGAGGCCCGAGCCAGGGCGGGCACGGCCCACGGCGCGGACCACGGCCAGGGCCGCGGCCGCAGCAGCGAGGCGAGCAGGGCCUCCGAGCACGCCCGGGGGGUGCGGGUGCAGCUCGCGCAGCGGCUGCUCGCCGAGCUGGCCGACGCCGACGCGGCCGCCGCGGCCCCGGGGGCGCCGCGCGCCGAGCCCUCCGCGUCCACCUCGCGGUCCUCCUCCUGGACGUGGGCCGAGGAGGCGCAGCCCCCGCCCUGGGCCGCGCCGCGCCGCACGGGCGCGGGCGCGCGCUCCCGGUCCGUGUCCCCCCACAGCAGCUUCGCGUCGAGCUGCCUGGCCAUCUGA